CUGUGAGCAUUUCGUUUUAAUUGAGUAAAUAGGCUGAAUUUAGAGUUAUAAAACAGUCAAAUACUGUGAAUGUGUACUUCAAGACAAGAGCUGAAUGUCAAUGCUAAAUUUCUACAAGACAUUUGACCAUUAAGUAACCAUUAACUAACGUUCAUGGUUUUCCCCUUCUAAUGGUCUUGAAAUUAAAAAUAACAUUCCUGGGAAUAUUUUUUUUUUCUCUCCUAAAUUAGCUUGCAGUUAAUCCAUAGGUUAUUUGUACAAAAACAACUUUUAAAUGCAUUCAGUAAUCUCCAUGAUCAAAUAAUCAUCCUUUCCACUCCCAACACAAGUUCCAGCUCAGCCCUGCUAUUUAUCUCUGUGUGCAAUAAAGCCUAUGCUGACGUUCAACCUGCAUGAAAACAAACAUUGUCUAGACAUGUUCCUGAAUAAACCUUGAGCUCAUGUUUUAAACCGUUGAAUGUGCCUAUGUGCUUUUAAAUAGUGUACCUUUCUCAUAUGACAAAUGCCUACACAUUCACUUUGAAUAUUUGUGCAAUGAAAUAAGUGGAAAGGGAAAGUGAAGCCAUUCAUUGCUAUCAUGAGCAAUUGUCGUCAUUGGGAAUUUGAGUGGAUUAAACAUUUCAUAGUGCAGAUUUUCUUGGGAAAAUGGCAUGAAUGAGAAGUUCACAUCAUUUAAGAUUUAUUGGUAAAGAAAUAACUAUAUUGUUCACAUUACCAGUAAUAACCCUUAUGCAAUAGAAAUAAUCUCACUCCCUCAAGCAGUAAAACCAAUCACAUGCAAUGAUCUGCAAUAAAGAAAAACUAGAAAACAAAUAGGCUACAGGAUUUUCUUGGUGUUUUUUGGUCAAAUAACUAUGCCCUUGUAAUUAAAGUGGCACCACAUUUAGUUAUUUUGUAAAUGUGAGGUGUGCCUGUUGGUGUAUAUUUAUAACUUCAUUAGGAAAAAGGAAAGAGAAACGCCUCCUAACAUACCGCCUUCAUCUGUACCUGAGCUUAUUUAACAGCUUUUGGGAGCCUGAAGUACUGCACUUGCACUUGCAUCCUGCUCGCAUAUGAAUCAUUUUAAAAUGACAAAACAUUCAUUUAUUGUGUUCUUCUCAAUCCACCUGUGCAUCCUGGUGUGUUUGAGCAUCACACAGCACCACGGACCCUGGAGACACAGGGUUAAGUGGGAAACUAAUGGACAGGUUUACAGUUUACUGAGCACCGGUUCUCAGUAUCUCACACCUUUUUCUGCAAAACGGAAUGCGAGGUUUUUACUGACAAGACAAAUGCCAAUAUUCUCGAGCAGGAUUUUCAUGGGACAUCUUGCAAAUACUAAGAUACACAGAGUUGGGCAUGUGGUGCAUUCAAACUCUGUGCCAGAGGACAGUCUUGGUACGGAUGCAAGACCCUACAUGAUGUCUGGUUACACUUCUCACGUGAGGAUUAAUAACCAGAUGCCUUUGCAUGCACCAGCACUUUCUUCUGACGAAGCACUGCGUCCCCAGCCCAUCCAAUAUGGGACAACUACACUGGAAGCUUCAAGGAGUUCAAGACGCCAUCAUUUAGUUACCAGCACACCAGUGCCAAAACGAGCAUCAGCUACUGGAAAACCACCCACUAUCAGUUCUCAGAAGAAUCCACUUCCUCAACUUUCCACUUUGACUGGGGGUAAAACUGCUAACAAAUCUAAACUUUCGACAAGAACCAGUCCAGCUGCACCUCCAGCAACUGUUAACAACAGAACUAGAGUAAAUCCUCCUCUCCAGGCUGAGGGAAGAAGACGAGGUGACGGUAUGACUGGCGGUGAACCAGUGAAUCCUCAAAUAAACUCUUUUCACUAUAACCUGCUCCCGCAUGGACGUGUCGAUCGAUCUCCUCAGAGAGAAACGGGUCAUGGUACAAGCUAUUUUCAUAACGGUCUGCCUGAUCUCAUUCCCGAUCCAUACUAUAUCCAAGCAGCAUCUUAUAUCCAGAGAGUUCAGAUGUACACAUUAAGAUGUGCUGCCGAAGAGAACUGCCUCUCCAGUUCGGCGUACAGCUCAAGAGUGAGGGACCUUGAUUACAGAGUGCUUCUCAGAUUUCCUCAAAGGGUCAAAAAUCAAGGCACAGCAGACUUUCUCCCGGUGAAACCACAUCAUCAGUGGGAAUGGCACAGCUGCCAUCAACAUUAUCACAGCAUGGAUGCCUUCAGCAAUUACGACCUCCUGGACGCCUCCACGGGCAGAACGGUGGCUGAGGGACAUAAAGCCAGUUUCUGUCUGGAGGACACCAGCUGUGAUCCAGGUGUGAGGAGAAGAUACGCAUGCACAGCUCACACACAGGGAUUGGGCCCAGGCUGCUACGACACCUACCAUGCCAACAUCGACUGUCAGUGGAUUGAUAUUACAGAUGUUUCUCCUGGAGAUUAUAUUCUAAAGGUAACCGUGAACCCAGGUUUCCAGGUGCAGGAGUCUGAUUUCUCCAAUAAUGUUGUUAGAUGUGACAUCAGAUACACUGGGUCGUAUGUCCAAGCAUAUAACUGCAGAAUCACAGGGUGA